UUUCCGCUCAAGUAGCAACAUAUAAAAGAGUAAAUCGCUGGUAAAUAACUUCACAUUGUGACAAAAAAAGUAGUGGAACGUUUGCUGUACGGAAUCAUUGAAAUUUGUAUCGACCAACAAACUAUCUCGACAUGAGGCGAUUUAUUCUUAUCGCCUUUGUCGGCACCUUUUUAAUGGGAAAUGUUACACUAUUUAAAGUUCGCGAAUAUCCUUCAAAUCUAGAAUGGUUGUUCAAUUCACGUAAAUUAAAUGAUAAUGAGGAACAAAAACGUACUGUGUGCGAAUCCGAGGAAUGCAGAGAUAUGGCUAACUUGGUGCUAGGAAACAUGAACAAAUCUGUAAACCCAUGCGACGACUUUUACGAAUAUGCAUGCGGAAAGUGGUCGGAACAAAAUCCCAUUCCACAACCAUAUGACCGGUGGAAUGUGCUUUAUCAACUUCAAGUCGACAAAACCAAUCCGCAAGUGCAAGAGAUUUUGGAGGCAGAACCUAAAGAGGAUGAUCUUACAGCAAUAAAGCUUGUGAAAAAGUGGUACAAGGCUUGCAUGGAUACUGAUGCGAUAGAAAAGCAAGGGAUCGAUCCGCUGGUUUCUACUUUAACGCGUUUAGGUGGCUGGCCGAUGACAAUGGAACCAGACGAAUGGAACGAGCAGAAGUACAGUUGGCAAAAAGUGGAUGAUCAAUAUAUGCGUUUGACGGGGAGCAAUGCUUUUCAUGACGUGCGCAUAAAUAAAAUUGCAAAAGAUCCAAAAGUAGUAGAGAUUGAUAACCCGUAUUUACCACCGGGUUCAGAAAUACUGUACUUUAUAAUGAAAACUGCCAGCGAAGAACGCACUGAUGAUGACGUAAAAAAUGAAGAGCAAGGUAAAAAUAAUGAGGAUCCAAGUAACGAAGAGGAGCAAAGCAAUGAGGAACAAGUAACUGGAAACAAAGAUAAUUUGAAAUUUAUUGACAAUAAUGACGAUAUAGAUAGUGAUGAUGAUGAUGAUGAUGAUAAUGAUGAUAGCAAUAAUGAUAACAAUAUUGAUGUGAAUGGCAGUGGCGACAGCGAAGACAGUGAUGUCGACGAUGACGAUGAUGAUGACAGCAACGAUAAUAAUAAUGAUGGUGAUGAUGAUGAUGAUGAUGAUGAUGAUGAUGACGAUGAUGAUGAUGAUGAUGAUGAUGAUGAUGAUGAUGAUGAUGAUGAUGAUGAUGAUGAUGAUGAUGAUGAUGAUGAUGAUAGCGAUGAUGACAACAAUAUUGAUGUAAAUGGCAGUGGUGAUAGCGAAGACAAUGAUGAUGAUGAUGAUUGUGAUGGUGAUGACGUUAUCGUUGUCAUCAACACAAAUGAACAGCAUAAAGCUAUCAAAAAGAAAAUAGGCCAGAAAGAAAAUAUCAAGAUCGGCCAAAGUAGAAGCAAAAAGUUACGGCACGUUGGACAAAAGAGCGGCAUCAGAAUCACUAAGAAGCAUAAUAGCCGUAAAACAAGGAGACAAAGAAUAAAAAGACGGGCAGAAGUUGACAUUAAACGCCAGCAGCGUUUUCUCUAUCAUGAAAAUUCACAUAUUCGGAAAGACGACAGACAAAGGAGUCCCAUAGAAAAAGUACAUAUGAAAAGAACGAAGAAAAUUGUGGAGAAUGAGGAAAUGGCGAAAAUGACUAACAAACAGAAAAAGAAAGUUGCAUUAAAGAAGACGAUAUUGAAGGAGUACAUUGAUUACGUUUCGAAAGUAGCUCGUAUCAUAGCCAAAGAGAGAGAUACCGAAAUUUCACAAGAACGUCUCAAUAAAGAUGUCGAAGAUAUGGUCGAGUUUCAACUAAGAUUGAUUAGGAUUAAAUCAAAGACAUCGACGUCCAAUUUGCCUGUCUCACUUCGAGGUUAUCAAGAGUGGUAUGACGAAAAGGAAUCUGAAACACCUAAAAGUAAGAUUAACUGGGUAAACAAAAUUAAGGCUUUGUUUGACGAAGCGUAUGAGUCUGUAAAUGAUGAUUUAUAUCUAAACAUUAUUUCGCCGAGUUACAUUGAAAGUCUUAUCUCUUUGCUGGAUGAAACGUCGAAUCGGACAAUUGUGAAUUAUAUACACUGGAACUUUAUAAGCAAAAUAAUAAAGACUACCACGAGUGAAUUGACAAAUUUGUACGAUGCAUGGAAUGAAUUUAGCACGGGCACAAUUCAAAGUGAAAGAUCAGAUAUUUGCAAACAGUCAAAGGAGAUAAAUAAUAUUGUAAUGUAUGAAUAUGUAAGAAGAUAUUUUUCCGAUGAUAAAAUGAGAGCAGCAUCAAAUUUAGUCAAUGAUAUAAAAGAGGCAGUCGAAGAUUUGAUCAAAAAAUCAGAGUGGAUGGAUGAGAAAGCUAAAAACUUUGCUUUAGCAAAAGUAAAAAAUUUGAAAAGACUUAUCGGAUAUCCAAAUUGGUAUAAAAAUACCACGAUUUUCCAAGAGUAUUUUAAAGAUCUCGUUAUUGGCUCAUCGUACUAUGAGAAUGCUAUUCGAUAUGACAGAUACGUCAAAUUGAAAGGUCUACGAAAGUUAUCGGAUAAAAAUAAUGAAAUCCAAUUUUUCGAGGCAACAGAUCCAGAAGGUGCGCUCAAUCCCACCGAUGUGAACGCUGCUUUUGGAGCCGAUUCAAAUACCUUAAUUAUUUCGGCAGCAGAUUUCCAGAGCCCAUGGUACGCUCCAGGUCGACCACGGUCUGUUAAUUUUGGUUCCUUUGGAUUCGUCAUAGCUCAUGAAGUUAAUCAUGGUUUCGAUAAUUCGGGAUCCAAGUACGAUAAAGAUGGUGAUUUCCUGGGAUUGUUUUCAUCAAUGGCCGGAGAGUAUGACAAAAAAGAGGAAUGUUUCGUGGAACAGUUUAAUAAUUAUCCUCUUGAUCCAAAAACAAAUGAAAAAAUAGAGAAUUACGGUUCGAUGACAACGGGUGACAACAUCGCGGAUACAAUGGGAUUACAGGCGAUAUUUAAGGCUUAUGAAAAAAAGGAAAAGGAGAGCGAAACACCGGAUGCUGCUUUACCAGGCUUGGAAGAUUUUACCGAUAAUCAAUUGUUCUUUUUAUCCUUUGCCAAUUUGUGGUGCGAAGCAAUCAAACCAAUGUCUUUAAUAUCCGAAGCUAAAGAUGAUGAACAUAGCAUAGAUCGACUGAGAGUGAUAGGUUCUGUAUCAAAUUCGGAUGACUUUGCUACAGCUUUUAAUUGCCCGGUUGGCAGUCCAAUGAAUCCUGAGAAAAAGUGCAAUAUCUGGAAAUGAUCCAAAAAAUCUUACGAAGCAUAUUUCAUAAAUGUAUCUUAUAUAUCCAGAACUUAUGUAUCCAGAUCUAUUGAUGAAUAAUAUAACGUAUACUAUUUGA